CCAAACACUGCAACCUCUUCUCCUCCUCCUCCCUCCCCUCUCCCCUCCCCUUUGCUUCCCCUUUACUCUCUCUCUCUCUCUCUCUCUCUCUCUUCAUGUGUGCAUGUGUGCGCUGUGUUCGUCUUUCCGGCUCCCUCUCUCUCGCCAAGAAGCAAAGGUCACUUGCCCUUCCCCCGUCUCCGCAUUUCUCCGCCACUCCACACAGGCGGGAGCAGCGCCCAGCAAGCGCCGGGUUCUGACUUCCGAGGGGGAGGAGCUGGACGUGUUGGUGGAAUCCCUGUCCAAUGGGACUGGAUUGGGCAUCCUGUCAAGAUAAAUCAGUCAGGAUAAGUUUGUAAAACAAAUUCCUCCGGCAAACGGCGCAGGACCCUUAAUUUCGCAAACAUCCCAUACGAUUGUUCAUCAGACCAACCAAAGAGAGCAUGUCGUCAUCCGACAAUUCCAUCACCGCGGCAUUGUCCCGGACAACACCUGUGUUUAGCCUGAGAGUAUGGGUCCUGAUCGCAAUUGGCAUUGGGAUCCUGAUGGCAGUUUUGUUCAUCAUAGUACUGUGGCUUUCCAUCCGAAGGAAAAACAAGGCGGUGAACGGAUUGGACACCACAUCGCAAACAGAGAUCCCUAUUGUGUCAAAGGAAAUCAACAUUGACAAAGGAGUUGACUCACAGAGUGUGAAUGACAGCAGCGAAGUGGCCUUCAUGCCAAUGCAUGAGAAAUACACACAGACCAAGAGUGUGCCACCUUUGGCAGAGACUAGAUCUGUCGACGUCGACGCCUUCAGCCAAUGCAGCUCAGUGUACAACAUAGAGAAGGCUGGAAGCUCAUAUUCUGAGGAUUACAACAGCUCAGGUCCAAAGAGGGCAGGCAGUUCACCAUAUGGAUAUACAUCAACCUCACCGCUGGUUGGCCUGCCAGAGCUGUCACAUUUGGGCUGGGGCCACUGGUUUACCUUGAGGGACCUGGAGUUUGCAACUAAUCGGUUUGCCAAGAGUAAUAUCCUUGGAGAGGGCGGCUAUGGAGUUGUCUACAAAGGCCGGCUUAUGAAUGGGACUGAGGUGGCUGUGAAGAAGAUCCUCAACAAUGUAGGGCAGGCAGAGAAGGAAUUUAGAGUUGAAGUUGAAGCCAUAGGUCAUGUUCGGCAUAAGAAUCUGGUGCGGCUUUUGGGGUACUGCGUUGAAGGGAUACACAGGAUGCUCGUCUAUGAGUAUGUUAACAAUGGCAACCUAGAACAAUGGCUUCAUGGGGCCAUGAGUCAACAUGGUAUCCUUAGUUGGGAAAGCCGUAUGAAGAUUCUCCUUGGGACAGCAAAAGCGCUUGCAUACCUUCAUGAAGCCAUAGACCCCAAAGUCGUCCACCGAGAUAUUAAGUCAAGUAAUAUCUUAAUUGAUACCGAAUUCAAUAGCAAGGUUUCUGAUUUUGGGUUAGCGAAACUUCUGGAUUCAGACGCAAGCCAUAUCAAUACAAGAGUGAUGGGAACAUAUGGGUACGUCGCACCUGAGUAUGCGAAUAGUGGGAUGCUGAAUGAAAAGAGUGAUAUUUACAGUUUUGGAGUUGUGUUGUUGGAAUGCAUUACAUCUAGGGAUCCAGUUGAUUACAGUAAGCCUGCAGAUGAGUCAAACCUUGUAGAGUGGCUUAAAAUGAUGGUUAGCACAAAGAGGGCAGAGGAGGUUGUGGACCCAGGCCUUGAGGUUAGACCGCCUAAGCGUGCCCUUAAGCGGGCAAUUUUGGUUGGCCUCAAGUGUGUUGAUCCCGACGCAGACAAGAGGCCGAAGAUGAGCCAUGUUGUCCAGAUGCUUGAAGCGGUUCAGAAAGCGUACCAAGAAGAUGAGAAGAAGCACAGCCAGAUGGGAAGCAUCGAUCUAGAGUCGCAGCAGUCAGUAGAGGAGCUAUCAAACAGCGCUGAUGCCUGAAGCUCCAGUUGUGAACAAACCCGAAACAAAUAGGAAAACCUUAAGUUAUUUGAUAGUAACAGCUGAUUUGAUCAAAUAUGUUCAAUACUUGAGUAGAGUGAGUGAAACAGGUUUGCAAUUUGCUUGCAGAUACCGGAGGUUGUUAAAUUCAGUUAGGUGCAAGCUGCUCAUUUCCGCGUUUUUCUUCUUCUUUUUUGUGAUUUCCGAGGAUUGCUUCUAUGCUCCCCUGAAAGAGUUUGCCUUACUGUUUGUUUUCUGUGCAUGAGUCCUUCAACUCAUUUGCUUUAGUGUUUUGUGUAGUCUUCUUCUAGGGGAGCAUAGAAGCACUCUCUUCGUCUUGAGUUAUUGUCAAUGAGCUACCAGGAGGAACUGAUUUGAAAUGCAUGACUAUAUACAUUAUAUAUAGGUACCGGAUUGCGUCUGCCGUUGUAUAGAAUCCUUAUGGAUCUUCAGUUAUACCAUGAAAUGAAAGCAUAAAUUUGUUGGUGUA